AUGCUUGACUGGGCUCGAAUCGCUCUGCAGAUACUCGGGAUCCACAUGAAUUGGGGUUUAGAGGGCAUACUGCUAGUCCAAGUUUAUAUCUACAGCGCACGUUUUUCGUCUGACCCAUUACGAAUCAAAUGUCUUGUGUAUGGCGUGUUCAUCUACGAGACGGUCCAAGCCUGUCUUCUGGUUGCCGACGUCUUCCACUACUGGGUGUGGAACUACGGAGACCCAGCGGUCCUUGCCACCCUUAGCAAUAUGUGGUUCAGCGUCCUGAUCAUGGGCGGUAUCCUAGCUACUCUCGUGCAAUGUUUCUAUGCAUGGCGGAUAUGGAAUACAGUCAAGCAUGUCUUUAUUAGUGUUCCGAUCAUUACGGUGCGGUCAAGGCAGCACUAUCAUGCGUAUGAUGCUCAAAUUGACACCGAUUCUAGGUAGCCUUCACGCAGCUUGCACUCGCUGUGACUAGUGGAGUUAAGGUGCGUGCGUGUCUGCGCAAAGUACCUUACUUCGUUGUGCCGAACUCCCUCCACAGGCGAGGUUAUUGCCAAUCGGUCUCGAGAGCCGUAUCGCAUCGUUCGUAGAUGUAGGUGCCUACGACAUCUCGUUCAGAUCAACGCUAACCCUGGCUUGAAGGCCUGGUUGGCCUGCGCUUUACUAGCC